AGUCGCUACCGGCAGCUCGGCAGCGAUCGUCGCCUUCUCGGUCGCAGUUGCAGUCGCAGUCGCAGUUGUAGUCACUAGCAGCGAGCUAGGUACAUUCGCCGACGAUCCCAAACAAAGCGUCAGAGCGGCCCAGAGCCCGAAAGACAUCGAAACGGAGUGCGGACAAAGCCGCUAGUUCGUGGUUUGCUCUGCCCGCUGCCAUUGGUUCGGUUCACGGUCUGCAAAAGGCGGUGCAGAGCGACGGCCAGCUGACUGACUGACGGCUGUUAGCCGAAAUUCGCUAAUUUCCCGCGAAGAAAAUCGCCUUUGAACCCGGUCGGAGAAGUCGUGCGCGCAUUUUUCGAAAGCGAAAAUCGCAAUAUAAAACGCUCGGGCCGGCGUGUAAGUGCGCAAUUUGUGUGACAACCGAAAAUAAAGUGAAACGAAUAAACGAAUGGCCACAGAUACUGGGCGUGAAACACAGAAACAAAUGUACUGUCACAAAAACCAGUGCCAAGUGUCAAUGGAUUGGCUUGAACCCACGCGAUAAGAACGCGGCUGAAAUACAUAACUCACAUUCAAGUAGCCGAAGCCAUGCACACUUUCAAAAGGGGCUUCUUUUGCUCUGAUCUGAGCAUACGGUAUCCCUACAAGGACUGCACGAUCACGGUGCCGAUGCUACUGCUCAUGAUGCUCCUGCUCCCGAUGCUCUUCGUGGCCGUGGUGGAGAUCAUGCGGAUCUGCAAGCGCUUCCGCACCAGGCUCUACUUCCGCAAUCUGUGGCGCGCAGAGGCCACCUUCAGCUUCGGCUUCAUAGCCACCUAUCUCACCACCGAGCUGGCGAAGCACGCCGUCGGGCGGCUGAGGCCGCACUUCUUCCACGGUUGCCAGCCGCGCCUCGACGAUGGCAGCUCCUGCUCGGACCUCCAGAACGCUGAGCUGUACGUGGAGCAGUUCCACUGCACUAACAACAACCUCUCCACGCGACAGAUCCGCGAGUUGCACGUCAGUUUCCCGAGUGCCCACAGCAGCUUGAGCUUCUAUUCGAUGGUCCUGCUGGCCCUCUACGUACACGGGGUGUGGCGGGGACGAGGGGGAGUGCGAGUCCUGCGGCACGUCCUGCAGUUCCUGCUCCUUAUGGCUGCCCUCUGCGUUUCCCUGAGCCGCGUAGCCGACUACUGGCACCACUGGUCCGACGUCCUGGCCGGCGCCCUCCUUGGAGUGACCUAUGCCGCCAUCACAGCUGCCUACGUGGGUAACCUAUUGCGGCGGCAGACCAGCUCCACCGGCAGAAUCCCGCCCUCCUUGAACUACAGCCACCACCUGCACCACCAGCUAAUGGCGGACAACAAUAACUCGACGGCCUCUGCUAAGGUCCACUUCCUGGCAGCAGCUGCUUCCGCUUCAAUGACCACAACGACGCCGCUCGACGACAUCCAGGACUCCGAUGUGGAGGAUUCCAGGGACUGCAGAGACUCCGAGGACUCGCACGACUCUCAGGACUCGCACGCAGAGAAUGAGGACGACAACGAGGAGGUAUACAAGUCGCAAAUGUCGCGUCCCGUCACUCCGCCCACCGAUCUGACCCACGUCGUCUGAGACACCAAGCUGGAAAUAUGGCGGAGAGGAAUAAUCAGACUUAUCGCCCGCCGGCUGCUAUUUCCACUAUUUUUCCAUUUAGAAAUCGAAGCAAACAGAAAUAUGUGAUAAGUGCGCGGCGCACUCUUUACCUGAUAUGCCAAUGUCCACCCCCACACUCCUCCGGCGAUUUUCGAAAUCCAAAGCGAUCAAUCGGUUGUGCAACUUCUAUGCCGAUCCGGGAAAUUGUUUCGGCCUUCAACGGCUUAUUGCUCGAUGGCGAUUACGAGAAUUUCGGCUAUGGGUGAGUAUCUCGCCAAAAGUAUCUGCCGCUGAUAUUGCAAGGCCGGAUCGAACCGCAGUAUCUCGGCGGAGCUACUGGCUCCGCGCUAGCUACUUGUUUGUUUGUAAACAAUACCGCAGUCACGUCGCAGUCGCCGCUGCCGCUUUUGAAGUGCCCAGCCCGCCAACGUGGAGCUCCAGCUCCCAAUCAGCUGCGACAAUCUCUGGACAGCGACGCCGACUGCUGCGCCUUGCGGCUGAUAGUGCAUAAAAAUAAUAAAUAAUAAUAAAUGCCGCGCUUAUGGCUGCACAGACACGGAAUACACUCGCAUGAGAGGGGGAUUUAUGAACAAAUCAAUUAAGUCGAGUUUAAUUUUAUUAUUUGUUUUAUGUUAAAUAUGUUUGGCUACCGACAGAUUUUAAGGCUUACUCUAAGUGUUUGCUCUACAGGCUGAAUAAAUGUUUAUUGCCCAAGUG